AUGAGCCCCGUUGAGCAUUUUGCUACACCAAGCAACACACACACCCCCUUUUCUUCUUAUUUGCAAGGUGCCCGCUACGCUUGGUCUCAAAUGGAUCUUACGCCUGAUCAAUCAGUCAUGUCGAGCCCGGAAGAGGCCAACGAGACUGUGGCACAAUCCAGAUUUGUCCGGGACUUAAUCCCAGGCGGUGAUUUAAUCCUCGCUGUUGGUCCCCACAGAACUCUCUUUAGAGUUGCGUCUGCCUUUCUGUGCGAGAUAUCACCUGUAUUUGCAGUUAUGUUUGGGCCCAAUUUUGAAGAAGGCGACCGCUUGCGUGGACGCCAGCCUGGAGAUCCCGAAAUGGUUCUCGAGCUCCCCGACGACGACCCUCUCGCUUUCGACAACACGAUCCUUGUGCUCUACGGGGCCAAUCCCUCGACACAAGACUUCGACCCCGAAGAUAUCCAGAAUAUCUCGAUUCUUGUUGACAAAUACGAUUUGGUAUCGCGGUUUGCCUUCGCUUCAGUGUACUGGUUUGCGAAGUAUGCUUGGGCAGAUGACCCCGAAGAGACGUGGCAGCUCACAACCGCCGCCUACUGGAUGCAGAACCCCGAUGCUUUCUUUACUUUUAGCAAGAAACUCGUCCAGCAGCUGCAACCUUCUCACUUGAGUUACGUGGCGGGAAUGCCCGACAAGGAGCUUGGGCUUCGACUUUGCUUGGCAAUCGAAGAACAACGUGUUCACAAGCUAGCGAACGAAGUUAAAGUAAAAGGUCUCUGUUUGUACUGUUUCGGUCGGGCCAAGCUUGGGUUUACUUCGCGUGUCAAGGGGUCCAUAGCUUAUAAGAGCGCGCGUGAUUGCAUCACUAUCGGAUAG